AUGCCAACAACCAUGACUCCCAUCCCCAAUACCUCUCCACCCACCUCAACCACCACAACCUCCCCCAAAACCAAAACCAAACCCAAAAUACCAAUCACCCUAACCGGCGUCGCAAAAACCCUCCUAAUCCCCUUAAUCGCCCGAGCAUACGACAACACCCUCACCUCCCCGAUCCUAGGCGACCCCUACGCACAAGAAGUCCUAUCAAAACUCUCCUUCGACAUGGACGAAAUGCCAACAACACCCUUUCAAAAUGCAGGAAUAUCCCUUCGAACAAAGCAUUUCGAUAAAUGGACGUCCUCGUUUCUGAGAACAAACCCCGCAACUACAGUGUUGCAUUUAGCGUGCGGUUUUGAUAGUCGUGCGCGGCGGGUUAAAUGGGGUGAACGGACGAGGUGGAUUGAUGUUGAUCUUCCUGAGGUUAUUGAGUUGAGGAGAGAAGUCUUACCCUUAUCUUUUCCCACAGGAAAUGAGCAAGACUAUUCGUUACUCGGUAUCGAUGUCACUCACGAGACCUGGAUGCACGAUAUCCAUAUCGGUGAUGGACCCGUACUAGUUAUAAUGGAAGGGCUACUCUCGUACCUACCCGAGAAAGAAGUGCGGGCACUUCUAACACGAAUCUGCGAGACUUUCCCCGAGGGAGAGAUUAUUUUCGAGUGUGUUAGUUCUCCGGUUGUUAGUUGGCUUAAUCGUCCCGAAUCGAUGAAGGCUGUUAGUAAUACUGGAGCUGUGUUUAAGUCUUCUAUUGAUCAUCCGAUCGCGUUGGAAGAUCUUCAUCCUGGACUUAAAUUGGUUGAGAAUGUUUCGUUAUUGUUGGCGCCGGGUACGGAGAAGUUUCCUUUACUUGCUCGGGUGCGAAUGUAUCUUAGUUCGUGGUUUCAGAGUGGGCGGGAUUCGGCGAGAUUUUUGCGUUUCAAGUUUGGAGAGGCGGAUGUGCUGGGAUGA